CUUGCUCUCACGUCCAACGGAAUGGUCAUAAGGGGACAUGGCACUGGACGUACGGGUGCGAACUACGUUCACCGAUUUGCGGGCGCCUUGCCCGCCCGCCCGCAUAGGUCAUGAUACAGGACUUGGCCUCGAAAGAGGUGGCAUACACCAUUGGACCCGUCAUCGUCGGUGUGAUAUCCAACGCGAUACUGUACGGGAUUUGCGUCCUGCAAUUCCAUGAGUACUACGCAUCCUGCAUAAAAGAUCGGUGGUGGAUACGCGGCCUUGUCCAUUGGACCCUGAUUCUUGACACAUGCACAAGCGUGUAUCUCUUGUGGCUCUACGCCGUUACUAACUUCGGAUCUGACGCCCUGCUUCAGCGAGCACCGUGGCCAUUCGCACAAACGCCUGUUGUCACAGUACCAGCGUCGUUGCCUAUCCAGAUCUUUCUAAGCUGGCGCAUCAAAUUGUUCCCCAAAUCUUGGUUAAUUUUUAGUGUCUUGGUGUUUUUCGCCGCAACACAGUGGACUGCUGGCAUAGUCUCCUCGAUUUUCUCAUUUCUCAUCCCGGAUACAGCAGGAUGGCAAGAGCUCGUGCCUGUGGUUGAUCUCUGGAUGGGCAGUGCCCUCGUGUGUGAUUUAAACAUAACGAUCCUCCUGCUUCGUUAUCUUCGAAUACGCCAAACUGGAAUCGCUAAGGGAUGGCAACCUGACGUGCACUAUACGAUCAGACGCUCCUCAGAAGUAAACCUGCAGAACACGCUGCUGACGAACUCGCAGACCCUCAAUAACCGCGCAUGGAUCCGACAAGAGCUUGCACUCCACGUCUAUGGCGAUAGCGAAACGACAUCAAGAACGUCAAGAUACCCGGGAAGAUUCUUUGAGAGAAAGCGAGAGGUGGAUUCUGACCUCGGCUCACUGGAGUUUGCGAAUGGGCAGGACGUACAGGAUGCGAAUUCGGUCGAGUAUCGCAUGGGCUUAAUCGACCUUGGCGCGAAUACAUCGCAUGUACCGACUUUUGGUGUCUAG